GCGCUUUCUUCAUAUUCGCUGUGGUUUAUCACUCUAACAGGCGGCGUGUGUGCAAGAGGAGAGACGCCAAGACCGUCUGUCCCUGCGCUAGUUUGCUGUCUUUAUCGGUGUUUUUGAACGCAUUGCUUUCUCACAGCUAACGACAGCGACAGGGAACGCAAAUAUGACUAUCAACAAGCUCUGUGAUUACAGCCAGCAUUAUCGACCUCGGAUGGCGUGUCUGAAAAAGAUAGAGAGCCUGGUGGUAGAGAUGCAGGAUCCUAACAAUGGAAUAAAGACUCAGACCCAGAGGCUUGUCAUCACCACCAUCCCACACGCUAUCACUGGUCUUGACUUACUGCAGUGGCUAGCUAACCGACUACAGGUCGAGACUGAAGAAGCUCAGAACAUUGGUAAUCUGGUGGUGCAGUAUGGAUACAUCUACCCUCUCCAGGACCAUAAGAACCUCAUCCUAAAACCAGACGGCAGCCUCUAUCGCUUUCAGACGCCGUAUUUCUGGCCAGCUCAGCAGUGGCCAGCUGAAGACACCGAUUAUGCAAUAUACCUGGCCAAGAAAAACAUUCGGAAGAAAGGGAUGUUAGAGGACUAUGAAAAGGACAACUACAACAUGCUUCACAAACGAAUAAACCAUAAAUGGGAUUUUGUUGUAAUGCAGGCAAAAGAACAGUAUAGGGCAGGGAAGGAGAGGAAGAAAGCAGACCGCGUGGUGUUUGACUGUCAGGAGAGGGCGUACUGGGUGGUCCAGAAACCUCCAACAGGAACUGUCAAUGCACUGGAAUACGGACUGAACCGCUUCACGGACCCCAAUGCCAAUCCGGUAACAGAGAUUUUGUUCCUUCUGUUUUCUGUGAAUCCCUCCUAGAGACUGCCAUUGUACAGAAGACGCUCAGUACUGCAGCCCAUCUGCUUAGCCACAAACUCAACCCCCCUCCAUCCCCCGUCAGUCUGGGCAGCUCAGUACCAGUUUCCUAAGGGGGUUCCUCAGCCAGAAUAAGCUGUCUUCAUUCUGACAUACUGCAGCUGGAACACUGUCACAGUCAUCUCCAAACAGAGGGCUUACACAGCGUACUGGGGAUGGAAAUGACACUUUCUACAGAUCCAUGACUGCCAGCUUUUGACAUUCAUUUCUGCCAUGUCAUAGCUGGCUUUUGAGUUGUUAAUAGAAUGGUUAGACUGCAUCCAUCUGUUAUCUGGUUCUGAAAAAAAAAAAUCUUCUCAAAGAUCGCAGUUUUGUUCCAGCGAGAGACUUGUUAAAUACAUCUGAUCACUUACCUGUCACUGGAAGGCGGAUGUGAUCGGUUCACUCUUCUUUCUUUAUUAACAGACAGCAUUCUCUCUGGAGACAGGUCUUGCUAAAUUUAACAUAUCAUACAAAUGCUGACAUUUUUUCAGAAACAAGGUCUAGAGAAUUGCAGAAUUUAUUAGAGACUUUGCUAUUGAUUUUUUUUUUCCCACCGAAAUCUGCACCUUACUGGGGACAGAAAGCAUGCUUUUUCUGUUCAUGGUGUCAGAGGUUCAUUGCAGACAGUUUCAUUGUUAACGUGGCACAAGAGUCAUUUAGAAACUGGCACUUUUCUUAGGAAUAAAUGUCAAAAGCUGGCAGCCCUGUAAACCUCAUCAGGAGGAAAUCUUUGUGUUCAUAUCAUUGUAGAACUGUCCUAGGGCUGUCAAGAUUGGGUGGCUAGAGACAUCAUGGACAUCCUUGUAUUGCAGCUGACAUCCUUGCAGCUGUCUCUCUCAUGUUAACGAUACAAAAGCUGCCGUGACUGCAUUCCAAAAUCCUAG